AUGGCUGAUGAGAUUUGGCAUGAUAUACAGUACAUGGUUUUGGGUCGUGAUGAUCCAGAACUUUUUGUACCUCAGGCAGCUUAUGGUGUUGUUGUUGCUGGCAACAGACUGAGUCUUAUUGCAAGACCGCUUAACAUCCAUGCUCAACACCUCAGAAGAGUACUUAGGGCCUUGCCUCGCAGCUGGGGUAUGGCUUCUCGUGUACAUGGCCGCAUCAUUGAUGAUAGGUGCAUCCAGUUUCGUUUUCGCUCUGGUAUUGACUUGGCUUCGGUCAUGCUGAGAGGCCCAUGGUUAUUCAACCAAUGGUUUGUACCUCUGCAGAGAUGGGAAGACUUUCCCCGUGCUGACUUUCUUACCUAUAUUGAUCUUUGGGUUCAAGUUAGAGGCAUACCUCUCUAUGUGUCUACUAUGACUGUCAGGUUUAUUGCUAGUACUCUGGGGCCAGUCACGGGGCUUGAUUUUGAUGAAGAGACCUCUACUCAGAUAGCCUUUAUCAGAGUGAAAGUGAGGAUUUCCAUCACGGAUAGGAUGCGUUUCUUUCGACGGGUGCGGUUUGAAUCACGAGAAGGGGAUCACCAUAAUGAUGGUGCUCAUGUUGUUGAUGAUGAAGCGGAUGUUUUGAUGGUUCCUGUUUGGGAAGAGGGAGGGGGAUCGAACAAUCCUACACCCCCUCCACCUGCGAAUCACUCUUCAAGUUCUGAUAUCUCUUCUCACAGACCUAUAUCACAGGCACCAACCUCUGCUUCACCGGGUUUAGACUUGAAUGAACCUGCUAUUGAACAUCUUCCUUCAAGUGUUCCAUUAGUAAGUCCUAAAGCUCUCUCUGAUGAUUCCACCACUCCUACUGCUAUUAAUGAUCAAUCAAGAUAUGCAUGUGGUGAGAGUUCUAAACGCAGAAAAGGAAAGCAGAUUGACCUUACUCCUGAUAAAAAGAAGAAACAAUAUCGCAAAGAUUAUGGAGUAAGGUUUUAUUCGGAGUCUGAUAACACACCAUAG